AUGGCCGGAAUCACCAUCCCCACCACCCAAGCAGCCAUCCAAAUCUCCCGCACGGGCGGGCCUGAAGUCCUUGAAUACCACAACUCCCUGCCCGUCCCCACCCCUGGCCCAGGCGAAGUCCUGAUCAAAAACAAUCUCUCCGGCGUAAACUACAUUGACACAUACUUCCGCACGGGGCUCUACCAGUCCCCCAAGCCCGAAAUCCUCGGCCGCGAAGGAGCAGGGAUCAUCGUGGCGCUCGGUCCCGGACCCAACCCGCAGGGCUUCAAGGUCGGCGACCGCGUUGCCUGGCUGAACACAGGUGGCUAUGCCGAGUACUCCGUGGCUCAGGCGGAGAAGAGGGUGGUGAGGAUCCCUGAGGGAAUCUCCGAUGAGCAGGCGCUCUCUGUGUUGUUGAGCGGGAUCACAACGCUUUCGUUGGUGAAGGAGGCAUAUCCUGUGCAGAAGGGUGAUUGGAUCUUGGUGCAUGCUGCGGCGGGGGGUGCGGGAUUUCUCAUGACGCAGAUGCUGAAGGAUAUUGGGGCCAAGGUCAUUGGGACGGCGGGCGGGCCGGAGAAAGUGGAGCUGGUGAAGAGCUUGGGUGCGGAUGUGGUGAUUGACUAUAAGUCUCCCGAGGGAGCUAAUUGGCUUGAGAAAGUCAUGGAAGUCACUGGUGGUGAGGGUGUCGCGGCGGUUUAUGAUUCGGUGGGCAAGGAUACGUGGGAGAACAGCAUCAAAGCCGUUAAGCGCAAGGGAACCAUGGUGUUCUUUGGCAAUGCGAGUGGCCCUGUUCCUCCAUUAAAUAUCCAGCUCCUCUCUGCGAAGAAUAUCAAGGUUCUCCGCACCUCUCUAUUCGGCUACAUCGCUACCCAGGAGGAAUUCGACUAUUAUACGAAUGAGCUUUUCAACAUGGUCAAAUCCGGAAAGUUGAAAACUAGACUUCACAAGAUCUACCCCUUGGAGCAGGCUGCUCAAGCACAUAUUGAUCUCGAAGGCCGAAAAACGACCGGCAAACUUCUCUUGAGGCCGUAAUCCAUGGUUAUUUUGGCCGCGUGCUUAACAAGCAAGC